AUGUCGUCACAUCCCUCGCCGGGCCUCGGCCAGCAGCCGUUGAAGUCGGCACUCAAGACGGAUGACGAAGCGGCGGAACGGUCGCCCGCUGUCAAAGCCGUGCAAAUUGCCGAGCCAGAAAUGACAGAGAUAGAAACGGCGCAGCAGCGGCCGGCGUCGCCAGAGGAUGGGUUCAGGAAGCAGUUCACAGCCGGUCUGGCUAAGAGACUGAGCGGUCGUCUUCCCGCCGGCUCGUCACGCUCUUCUCUCAUGAGCAACACCAGUGGAGAUGCGCCCAACAGCACUGCUAGCUCCACCGACUCGACCCAACAGAUCCCAGAGGAGAAGCACCAUCGACACCGUCACCACUUUCACCUGCAUGCCAGGAACAACUCGUUAGAACAGCAGCAGCAACAGCAGCAGCAGGGUGGACACAUGGACAGCAGGCUCGUGAUGCAGGUUUUGCAGUGGAUUGGGCGCGAGAAGGAGAAGAAGGAAUCCAGGAGGAAGAAGCGGAUGACCAAGCACCGCAAGUCCAAGUCACCUCCAAGCACCGAGGACGGUGCAGGCGCGCAGGCGUCUCCAUCACGACCGAGGGCCGACUCGAUCGAUUCGGACGAAAGCGACGUGUCUCUGGAUCAACUGCAAAAGAUUGUCGACGAAGGCCUUGCCGCUAUGGGAAUAGACCCUGCCACUGCUGCGUCCGCUACUAACCCGUCCCGAGUGCAACCCCGCCGUCGAUUGAGCAAGCACAAGAGCCGAUCCUCGUUGCAGCUCUACCGUGCAGUAUCAUCGGACACGGACUACGUGGACGGGGACGUCUUGGUGCCCAGCUGUGACGCGGUGCUGGACAACUCCAAAACGCUGAGCUAUUCGGGCGGCAAGGCCGCGUCAACCGAGGAUCUUGCGGCUGCCCAGAGCCGUCGCGAGGAGAAGGAGCGCCAGGCCUGGUCGACGUUCAAGGGCGAGAUCCUCCGACUGGCGCACACGCUCAGGCUCAAGGGCUGGCGUCGCGUGCCGCUAGAGUGCGGCGACGGACUGACGGUAGAGCGGCUGAGCGGCGCGCUCACCAACGCCGUGUACGUGGUGUCUCCGCCUAGCGAGAUUGUCAGCAACAUGAGCAUCGACGACGUGAGCAAAAAGCCCAAGAAGCCGCCGCCAAAGCUGCUGCUCCGCAUCUACGGCCCGCAGGUUGAGCAGCUCAUCGACCGCGAAAAGGAACUCGGGGUGCUCAAGCGCUUGGCGCGCAAGAAGAUCGGCCCGCGGAUGCUGGGUACCUUCACCAACGGCCGAUUCGAGCAGUACCUUAACGCGACGACGCUGACCGCUGCAAACCUGCGCGAGCCCGAGACGUCCAAGAUGAUUGCCAAGCGCAUGAAGGAGCUUCACGUCGGCGUCGAGCUGCUCGAGAGCGAGCUGGCCGCUGGGCCCAACGUCUGGGUGAAUUGGGACAGCUGGCUAGACGCCGUGGAGCGUACGGUGCUUGUUCUCGACAGAAAGGUGCUCGAGAGCCCGGCUGAUGUGAAGGAUUGGAGAAAGGGUGGAUUGGUCUGCGGUGUCGAGUGGCACGUUUUCAAGGAACUUGUGGAACGGUAUCGGGUGCACCUGACUGAGCAUUACGGGGGUCAGAAGAAGAUUCGGGAGAAGCUGGUUUUUGCGCACAACGAUACCCAAUAUGGCAACAUUCUCCGCCUUCGUCCCGACGACGAAAAGUCGCCACUGUUGCAACCAGCCAACGAGCACAAGCAGCUGGUGGUGAUCGACUUUGAGUACGCGGCGGCGAACACGCCGGGCUACGAGUUUGCGAACCACUUCGCCGAAUGGACGUACAACUACCACGACGCCGUGGCGCCGCACGCGUGCAACGCCUCGCGCUACCCGACGCCCGAGCAGCAGCGGCGGUUCGUGCGGGCCUACGUCGACCACAACCACCCCCACCGGCCUUCCUCCUCUUCGUCUUCGUCAUCCUUGGCCCAGACGCCUACGAUGCACGCGACUACCAGCACCUCGUCCAUCGUCGACUUUAUGCUCGAUGCGCGCGUUCCGCCCGGCGGCUGGAAAGAGGAGGAGACGCGGCGCGACGCCGAGUCGGACGCCAAGAUCCGCGCCCUGCUCGAGGAGACGAGGCUCUGGAGGCCCGCAAACAGCGCCCAGUGGGUUGCCUGGGGCAUCGUGCAGGCCAAGCUGCCGGCCGGUGUGGCGCGCGAGGUUGAGGCAGCCAGGAAGGUUGUUGAGGCAGCCAGGAAGGUUGAGGAGGCGGAAAAGGCCGAGGAGGCAAAGCUGAGCGACGAUAAUGAUAAGGACGAGCUCGACGAAAGAACAAAGACGGAGAAGGAGCAAGAGGCCGAGGCGGUCGCCGAGGCGGUGGCCCUCAACGAGGAGGAUGCGGCAGCGGCGGACGAGUUUGACUACCUGGGCUACUCGCGGGAGCGGGCCAUGUUCUUCCUGGGCGACUGCGUGCUGAUGGGGUUGAUCAAGUUGGAGGACCUGCCGGAGGCAACUCGCGACAAGGUCAAGUUUGUGGAUUACUAA